AUGACUCAACCAUUCGGGGGUUACCAUCCCAACUUCUUCUAUGAAAACAGCUCUUCAUGCCGAGAAAUUGCAAAGAGCCUAGAUUCUUUCCAUAAAAGAGGAAUGAAGCGUUCGGAUACGUAUCGUGAUAUGGUACACGCAGUCUUCCAACUAGGCGAAAUGGACGUCUACGUCCGUGAUCAACUCAAACAUGGCUCACAACCAGUGAUUUGGUUUUUUGACUCGAGGUCCAACACAUAUCUCAUAAGAGUAGAGAUAUCUCGCAGAGCCUUCGAGGCCGUAGCCGGCAAGAUACCGAAAGAGGAGCACCCGGACGUUACCACGAGAUUGGCCAUCAGUUCAUUUAUUGGGGUCAUUCGCAAAGUUCUUCGAUUCAGUACGUCAGAGAUCCCUGUGGGGGCUACAGGACGCCAUGAGACCAAAGACGACAUGGACAUUGCACUCAAACGUGAACCUAACGGUUUCAGCUUCCCAGAUCCUGAAGCAGUGGAUGUAUUGAAGGCUUCGACCAUAGACGUGAUUAGCUGUAUCUGUCAAGAGAUUCGAGAACACUAUGUACUUUUCUGA